AUGGAGGAGGAAAUCUUGAGCAUUCAAACACCCGUCGCCUUCGAUGAGUCGAUCGCUCACCAAGAAAUACAUGCACACAAGCCGUAUGUGUCAUCAACUUUUAACAACAGCGAUGAGAUUCGCAUCACCGUUCAGCAUCAGGAUUUAUGCAUAUUACCAAGCAAGAGUUCGCUGCAUAUCCCGGGAAAAUUGCUCAAAUCAGAUGGCAGUCCAGCAGCGAUUACAACCCUGGUCAACAAUGCCAUCUGCCAUCUGUUCGAAGACGUACGGUACGAGCUAAACGCUGUAGAGAUUGACAAAUGCAAAAACGUUGGUCUAACCAGUCUGCUAAAGGGUUUCGCUUCGCUCAACCCUGGUCAGAGUUGGCUUAUGGAAAACGCUGGAUGGCUCGAUGUUCGAGAAACGAAAAAAUUAACUGACGCCGAUGGUAACUUCGAUGUGGUUAUUCCCUUGAGCAUGAUAUUGGGCUUUGCCGAAGACUAUCGCAAGAUCAUCGUCAACGCGAAGUAUGAGCUGAUUCUCACAAGAUCAAAGAGCGAUUCAAAUGCCAUUGUUCGAAAUCAAGACGAAGACUUUCGAAUUGUGACCGAUCAAGUGGAAUGGGUACUGUUGGAAAAAGUGGCGCAGAACUGGCCUAGCUCCUCUAUUCAGGAAGCAACACAUUCAAUCAAUAAUAAAGACGCGUCACAUCUCUACUCAUUCAGAAACUUUUUGAAAGCAGGGGUAUGUCUAACUGCAAAUCCUAAAAAGUUGAAGUCUUAUCGAGAUGUUGAGACAUGGGAGGGUUGGAAACAUAUCACUGGAAGAUAUGGUGAUUCUAUAGGAUUUGAGGGGGUUUAUGGAGAAGGAGAUGAUAUGAUUGAAUUUUUUGUAUCUCAAAGAGUUAUGAUCAUGAAAUUCAUAGGAAAAUAUUAUCUAGCAUCGAGAAAUCACUUUCUUAUGUUAAGUGAUUUAAUAUCCCAAAGAUACAUACCUUUGGCAACUUGUAAAAUAGGUGAAAAGUUGGAACGGCUAAAUUAUCCGCCAGUUGAAAAAUUAGAAUGA